AUGGACGCUGGCGGUCUUGCUCAAAUGAGCUACAACUCUUCUUUCAAUAAUGGCGGUUCCCUCGGGGCUCCUGGGGCCAGCUUCGGCUCUCGGCGGAAGGGUUCCCAUAUCAAGCGACUGAGCGUUCCCCCGCCGCACAUCGCGACUAUUGACGAAUCUCAGCCUUCUGCACCCGUCCCCACGCCACGCACUAGCCGUUCUCAUCUUUUGGCGGGGCUGAGGACCGCACCGAAGUCCGCGACCGUGCCGUCUGCAGUCCAACGCCAGCAGCAUCUGGGUUACGAAGGCGAUCGGUAUGGCAAUCCUUCGAAUCGCGCUACGAAGCGUGUCCCUCAAACCGCUAUGGGAACCGGUUUCCCACGCCACUCACUAGCCACAAACCAGAAUGUGGACAUGAACACGGGUCGUCCUAUGUAUACUUUGCCGGAGCAGGUGCUCGCACCUCCGGCUAUAGACAUCGCUGGCGAUAUGCCAAUGGACGAUAACCUGUACGCGGAGUUGAUGUCGACCAACCUUUUUCUUGCGGCCCAGCAACAGCGCCUGCAGCAGCAAUUGAUUAGUGUGACUGCAGCAGCCCAGCAGUUCCAGGGCAUGACCUUGGGUGGACCCAUGGCUCAGCAGCAACAGGAAUACCCUGCGCUUCCGGUCCCCAGCAUGGGCUUCUACCAGCAACAGCUUCAGCAGGGUGUGCAGCCGAUCGUGCAGCCGGUGCCAGGUCAGCCCGGUCUCUUCUCGGUCUACAAUCCUCUUACCGGCCAGCAAAACUUCAUCUAUGACAACACUUUCCAGCAGGAAAGCUCCACUACUCCCUACCACGAGGAGGAGCCUUCGUUCCCAUCCGUGCAAGUGCCCACUUUCAGAGCAGAGGUUUCUCCUCCCGAGUCUCACCAGUCCCCUGUCAGCAUCGGUGAGCCCGUGUCUCCUCCGCGGUCGAGCCCGUCGCCGCCUCUGGAUGUUGCUCCUCUGCCCCCGCCUUCAAUCAACGCUUUCCGUCGGGGACACAAGAAGAGCUCUUCUUUCAGCCCUGCCCUGAAGCUGCCCAUUGACACCAUCAAGGCCAACAGCCAGAUGGUGGCGCCUGGUCCUAAGACUGCUGCCUUGCCUCAGACUCCUGCGACGGGAACUUUUGGCCCUGGUCAAGCUCGUGCAGGCGAACAUCCCACUCGUCAACCUCGCGGCCCUCCUUCUCUGGAAGAGCUGGUUGCGAAGCCCACCUCUAAGUUCGAAGGCAGCAAGAACUUUGCCACGCGUCAGCGACGUCGGGCCGUCCACAACUUGGUGCGCGCCGGCAUCGAGCGCCGCGGUGACACCCGGAGCUUCGGCUGCCAUAGCAGUGGUGGUACGAACACUCCCGCCAGUGAGAAGGAGUUCACGUUCUCCGAUGGAGAUGAUGCCACUGUGCGUAGUGGUAGUCUUUCCAGCAAGCCCAGCUUGGGUAGCCUCCGCGCAGCUGCCAACGGUGCAAUUGGUUCCGAGAGGAAGGAAAGGUCUUCUCGGGAGCGCAGAUCGCAGGAUAGCCCCUACAACACGACCCCCAUCAGUGAGGAUGGCGGGUUCUUUGGAGGAAAGUUCGCCGACGUUCGAGCGGAUCAGGGCUCUCGAACGGGCUCCCCAUCGGUUGCUGCUGUCGUCGCUGGCCAGAAGACGGUAGCUCAGGGUCAGGAACGGCGCAAGACCCCUAUGCUUGUGCUGUCCAGCGCUGAGAAGCGUAAGACCCCCACCAUCAUAUAA